UAGCACAGGAAGAGUGUCCAAAUGGCAGAGGAGAAAGGUAGAGUUUGUGUAACUGGAGGUACAGGAUUUCUUGGUUCAUGGAUAAUCAAGAGACUCCUUGAGGAUGGAUACGCUGUUAAUACCACUAUUAGAUCUGAUCCAGAACGUAAGAGAGAUGUUAGCUUCCUCACAAAUCUACCAGGUGCCUCUCAAAAGCUUCAAAUAUUCAACGCUGAUCUCAGCAACCCAGAAAGUUUCAGUUCAGCAAUUGAAGGGUGUGUUGGGAUAUUCCAUACUGCUUCUCCAAUUGAUUUUGCAGUUAGUGAACCUGAGGAAAUAGUGACCAAAAGAACCAUUGAUGGGGCAUUAGGCAUUUUAAAAGCAUGCCUAAAUUCAAAGACAGUUAAGAGAGUUGUUUACACUUCUAGUGCCUCUGCUGUUUGCUGGAAUGGCAAAGAAGAAGAAGUAUUGGAUGAGAGUAGUUGGAGUGAUGUAGAUAUGCUUAGAAGUGUGAAACCAUUUGGUUGGUCAUAUGCAGUUUCCAAGACCUUGGCAGAGAAAGCUGUUCUUGAAUUUGGAGAAAAACAUGGGUUGGAUGUUGUGACUCUAAUACCCCCUUUUGUUGUUGGACCCUUCAUUUGCCCUAAGCUUCCUGACUCAGUUGAGAAAGCAUUGGUUUUGGUAUUAGGCAAAAAGGAUCAAAUUGGUGUCACCCGUUUCCAUAUGGUACAUGGGGAUGAUGUGGCUAGAGCACAUAUAUUCCUACUUGAGCAUCCUAAUCCCAAAGGGAGAUAUAAUUGUUCACCAUUCAUUGUACCUAUUGAAGAGAUAUCUGAACUUCUUUCAGCCAAAUACCCAGAAUUUCAGAUACCAACAGCAGAUGAGCUGAAGGAAAUUAAAGGUGUCAAGUUACCACAUUUAAACUCGAAGAAACUGGUGGAUGCUGGAUUUGAGUUCAAGUAUAGCAUUGAGGAAAUGUUCGACGAUGCAAUUCAAUCCUGCAAGGAAAAGGGUUAUCUUUAAUCUAUCUAUGUCAUGAAGUUAUCAAAACAAUAAUUUGCCAAAGAUGAUUGAUAGUUUGAACUAUUUCAUAUCGCUAGCAAUGGUGGCUCAUGACAUGU